AGCCGAAGGCUUCGAAGUGGCCGUGGGUGGGUCUGGAACGUCAGGGGGCGUGAUUGUUUGGGAGGAGUGGGCGUGGCGCAGCGUGGGGCGUAGCUUUGUCCCGAUAUUCGCUGUAGCCCGAUAGACUCCGUCUGUCCCUCUCCCCACCUCCCCCAGAGAAACAACCAAUGCCGUGCGAGAUUACCCAGCUACCAAUCACGCGCGAGGCCAGCCGUAGGCCUCUUUAAAAGCGCCCGCCAUGCGGCUGCUACUCCUCUCUCUCUGCCCUUUCUUCAAAUCUGGGCUUGCUGUGCGCUGCGCAAAUAGGAGAGAGAGAGAGAUUCACUGCAGGCGGGACUCGACUAGACUGGUACACAAUUUGUUGUGGAGAAAUCCAUCCAAUUGAUACUUCUUGAUUGUGGAGUUUGAAGCCAGGACAGUCAGUUCAGCAGCUGCGGAGGACGGCAAGUUUUCAGCGGCCAUGUAGCCCCCGGGACUCGAAGCAACAGCAGCUCUUCGCACGACUCUUUUGCCUGUGGCCACCGUGCCUAAGUGGAAAGCUGCCUACAAUAGCAGUCGCAAGUAUAACUCCAAAUGGGAAAAAACGUUUGUGUGGGUCAGAAAGGCUGCAGAUGGAUCAGAGGAAGCUUACUGCAAAUUGUGCCACUGCAACAUUUUGCCAAGAAUGAACAACCUCCACCAUCAUGAUAAAUCGGAGAAACACAAGCGGAGAAUUCCGUUACAAGGCCAGGUGCAACUCCAUCUAACAAAGAUUCCCAGGCAAGAGAUUGAUAAAAUUAGGGCAGCAGAACUGCUGUUUGCUGUAAGCAUGACUUGCCAUUGUGUGAUAAGUUCAGUUGACCACAUGACUGACAUCAUGGUAGCACAGGAGAAGAGGAGCACACUGGAGCACAUAGAGCUACAUAGAACAAAAUGCUCAUGCUUGAUCCAAAAUGUCAUUUCGCCUGCACUAAAAAAUGAGCUCAUUGCUGACUUGAAGGGCAAGAAAUAUGCCAUCCUUCUAGAUGAAUCAACUGACAUUACAACACAAAGACACUUGUGCAUUCUAGUUUGAUUCUUCAGUGAUAGGAAGAAGGCAAUUGAGACUGGAUUUAUAGGUUUGCUUCCGGUUCAAGAGGCCACAGGAGUAAGUAUUUUCAAUUUGAUUGCUGAAGAAAUAAAAAGAUGUGGCCAGAGUCUUGCGAACUGCACUGGUUUUGCAUUGGAUGGUGGAUCAAACAUGGUUGGGUGCAACAACUCUGUGUGGUCAAGACUAAAAGAAGCAUCUCCUUCCUGUCUGCAACUCAGAUGUAUCUGUCAUUCGCUGGCACUGUGCAUUCAACGUGCAGCAUCCAAGCUGCCAUCAAAUAUUGGAUUUUUGCUGUCAGAAAUACCCGGUUGGUUCUGCCACAGUGACUUAAGGCGAGAGGCAUACAAACAGUUGUUCAGAGCGACGAACACAGCCACAGAAUUCAAGCCAGCUCGAACUGCCCCCCUCCCCUUUGAAAAACCUUCACUUAUGCAGUGGCUUGUGCGUGCAAAGCUCAUGUUCAACAUUUUGAUGAACUGGGAAGAGCUGAGGGCUUAUUUUACUACCGUUGAACUAGCCCAAUCAAUGUUAGACAUACAAUUCAAAGCAAGACUCCUGAAGGAAAUGCUGUGGGACUACAAAAAUUACUUGUUCUUUGAGUUUGCAACACCUGUUGUGCAGGAAUUUGAAAGACUGAACAGCCUUUUUCAGAAAACCAAAGCUCAUGAACUGUGCAAACAACUAUUCCUACACCAUGAGAGUCUUCAGAACAGAUUGUAUGAUGCCAGAGGACAGAAAAAAAAUAUUCAUGAAGUUGAUUUUGGUGUCAAAUUCUUAACUGUAUGUAAUAAGUUCCUGCAGCAGAAGAACAACUGUGCUGAGGCUCAUCUGGAAAUAGACAAUGUCAAAGGAAGCUGCCUGUGCAUGCUGGAAGAAGCUCUCAGAGAUACAUUUGGAAAUCUAUCAAAAUUGAGCCCUGUAAUAGUUUUGAAUCAAGCUUCAAGGCCUAGGUUUUCAGAGUUGCCCUUUGUACAGCUGCAUGCAGGAAACGACGUCAGCACAAUUGAAGAGCAGUACAGAAAAUUGCCUCGUGUUGCCUGGAACGAAGAAGCUCAAUUUGAGAAAGAUGGACUCCCAACAGACACUGAACAGUUUUGGCUGGGUGUACUUUAGCAUCCAGCGUUUAAAGGGCUUGCCAACUUUGCCCUUACUUGCCUAAUAACCCCUGUCAGCGAUGCUGUAGUUGAGAGGAUAUUUUCCCUUGUAUCCUCUGUUAAAACAAAGGCAAGGAACAGGAUGCAGCUGAAUCUCCUUGAUGCCAUCAUAAGAAUAAGGGCAGAACUGGUGUUUUCAGGCAAAUGCUGCAAAGACUUCACUGCCUCUUCCGAAAUGCUAAAGAACUUCAAAGCGGACAAGGUUUAUGCCACCACAUCCACUCGGGCAGUGGCAGACAGUGAUGAGUCUGAUGCUGACCUGGAUCUGGAGCUUUUCCAGUGAUCAAAGACACGGGUUAAGGAGGACAUGUCGGGGACCUCAUUUGCUGCACGUGUAGACCAGAACACCUGGUUCCAGUUUGUUUUCGUAAAGGACUUGAGAAAGCUGAAAACUUCCCAACGCAGCAUAUUCUAACUUGCCAGAGGAUACUGGGGGUUAUUUUAACUGUUUCUUCUCUCCCCAGGAAAAACAGUUCGUGUUAUUUUAAUUGUCAGAUAAUAAUGGACGUGCGUUAAUCUGGACUUUAGUGCCUGAUUUUAGAUGAGGAACUAUACUGUUAGGUAAAUUCCUGUAUUAACUCUUGCAUUCCCUGUAAAUAUUACUUGGUAACUCAUUAUUCAGGAAUUCUGCAUUACCAAAGUAUAGUCAAGCUCAAGUAUUCCCUUGUCUAUUCUGCUUGGUACUACUGUUAAGAGGGAAUUCAGCUUGGGCCUAUUUUUAACUUGAAGGAAACUUCUUUGUGAAGUUGCUUUUUGAAGAUCACAUGUACUGAACAUUAUUAUUCCCUGUGAAAUUGCUUGGGGGUAAACAAAGUAGGGAAUUUAGCAAGCUUGUUUUAAAAAGUAGGGAUUAACAUAUCUGUUAAAAUGAUGUCCUAUAACCAAUUUUUUCUUUCAGUUAUGGGAGAGCUUAAUAAGAUCUCCUCACAAAUAGAUAGUAUGACUGCAAAGUUGUCUUUUCAACAGGAGGGAUUUCAGACCGAUUCAGAGGCUAGAUCUCAGAUGACUUCUAGUGAGACAAUGCAAUCUAAACAACAUAAGGCUUCCCAGGAUAGUUGCAUUGAUAGACAAACGCUGGGGAAUUCACGUGAUACUCUAUCAGAUCCUGGAAAUGACUAUAUGAUGGGACUUAGGGGAAAGAUUAGAUAUUCAAUCUUCGAUACAGCUAAAUGUUUCACAAACUCAUUCAGGUACAGAUGGGUUUUACUUGCCAGACAUUAUCCUUUCUCUGAAGUUAAAAAGAUUUGGAUUCAUCUGUUUUUAGAUUCAAAAUAAAUCUUAACUGCAUUAUUUUCUCUCUUUUCAGCUUUUACUGGAUUAUUAAUUGGACUGGUUCAUUGACAAGUCUUUGAUAACUUUGUUAUGGCUUUUUCUUGUUCCUGCAUUUUACUAUUUUCAUUUUAGUGUAAUAGCAUUACCAAUUGGCCUGGGUCACUGAUGAUAAAAGGCUCCCCCACCCACUCUAUUCCAGUAUAAAUUAUUACAAUGUUUUAGUUUACUAAUUUUCCUUUGUCUAGUAGGAAAUAAGUUUUUUAUAUUUACUAAUUUGAACAUCUUUGUUUUUCUGCUUUGGUAUUAUCUAUUUCUAAUUAAUCUGAUAGGCUUCCAAACAAAGCUUUUGCCAUAUUUUUGGUAGUCCUUCAAUUUCUUUCUUUCCUUUUUAAAAUCAAAUUGUUUAGAGAAAAACUGUAUUUAAUUACAGAUUAUUUCACUCUGCCAUUUUCUUUCAUUAUUAUUAUUACUAUCAUUUUCCUUUUCUCAGUUUGCCUUGAUGUAAUUAUUCAAUAUUUUGUGGGAGAUAAUACGCUAAAUACCUGAAUGAUAUAAAAACCAAUGAGAUUCAGAUUUAAUUUGAAGCUCAUAACUGAUAGAGUUGCCACUUCUUUUGUCACUAUACUUUUUUCCUUGGAUUUUGCUUUAAAAGGAUGCUUGGCCGGACUAGACAACUUUGAUGAUAAGAAUGUACUUGUGGAUAAUAAGUUUGCUAAACAAGUAUGUAAAACUGUUUUUAUUAGUGGCUAUUGCAAGUUCGGAGAUGUAUCUUAUUCUUUUGAUCUUAUAUUAAUUUCAUUUUCUCCCCCCCCCCUCACUUUUGUAUCUUUAUAAAAAAAAAUUAUAUUGGUUUUAAAGAUAUAAAGAAAAAAGACUGUGGGGAGACAUGAUAGAGGUCUAUAAAAUCUUGCAUGGUGUGGAGAAAGUGGAUAGUGAUAAAUUCUUCUUCCUCUCACAUAACUCCAGAACCAGGGGUCAUCCCAUAAAAUUGAUUGCCAGGAAAUUUAGGACCAACAAACAAAUAGUAUUUCACACAACACAUAAUCAACUUGUGGAAUUCUCUGCCAUGAGAUGUGGUGACAGCCAACAACCUGGAUGGUUCUAAGAGGGGUUUGGAUCACUUCAUGGAGGAGAGGUCUAUCAUCAGCUACUAGUUGGAGGGCUAUAGGCCACCUCCAGCCUCAGAGGCAGGAUUCCUCUCAAUACCACUUGUGGGGGAGCAACAGCAAGCAUGACCUCAGCUCUUUCCUGUGAGCUUCCCAGUGGCAUCUGGUGGGCCACUGUGUGAAACAGGAUGCUGGAUUAUAUCCAGCCGGCCUGUUCUCAUGUUCUUAGUGCACUGAGAGAGCAGCCUCCCAAUUCAUUUCCAGUGGCAAUUUUUGAUGCCUUCUCCUUCCCCAAGCAGCCCUCUGUGCCACCUGAAUAUAUGUCCCCGAGGGCUGCACAACCCUCUGUAGGUCAGCCACUGAUAAUAGUCAUUCUGUUGUAAGUAGGUAGGUCAUCUGGUGUUUUUAAAAUGUGGGUUUUCCUCAGAAUGCAACAGAUUAGUAUUAUUCCUUGUCCAAAACACCUAAAGAAGUUUAAAAGAAGCCAAAAACUAAACAGAAGCUAAAGAAGAGACUAGCAACAUUUCUCACAGGAUAGAAUUUCUGCAUAUCCCUAAAGAAAAACGAACACACAUGCAGCAGAAUCGGAUUAACAUAUUUUUAUACUGCCCAAAACUUAUGUCUCUGGGCGGUUUGAUGGAAUCCUGUGGUGGUGGUGUGGGGUUAGCUGCAUCAUUUAACACUGCAGUGCAGAUGGAGGAUUUCUGAAUUAUCCCUGCAAAGCUUCUUGCUAGUAAAAAAAAAAAAAAAAAAAAAGAGGGGGGGACGACUAAGAUAUCAGGGAGAAGGAUUCUGA